AUGGCUCCUAAGGCUGCUGAGAAGAAGCCCUCCACCGGUGGCAAGGCCCCCGUUGGCGGCAAGGCCCCCGCUGAGAAGAAGGAGGCUGGCAAGAAGACUGCCACCGCUGCCUCCGGCGAGAAGAAGAAGCGCGGCAAGACCCGCAAGGAGACCUACUCUUCUUACAUCUACAAGGUCCUCAAGCAGGUCCACCCCGACACUGGUAUCUCCACCCGUGCCAUGUCCAUCCUGAACUCCUUCGUCAACGACAUCUUCGAGCGUGUCGCUACCGAGGCCUCCAAGCUGGCUGCUUACAACAAGAAGUCCACCAUCUCUUCCCGAGAGAUCCAGACCUCCGUGCGCCUCAUCCUCCCCGGUGAGCUUGCCAAGCACGCCGUCUCUGAGGGUACCAAGGCCGUUACCAAGUACUCUUCCUCCGCCAAAUAA